GCACCAACUUCUCCAGGUUUAAAGAGAAAACCCCUGUCCCUCCACCUUCACUCCCAAGGCGAGCGAGCUCACCGGCAUCAAGUUCCCUGGGAGUGAGUUUUCUUCCAGAACAGUCCAAAGGGAGAGGUAAAGGUGACAGGAGAGAGGUGGGGUCUCUCCCUGGUUUCCUCAGACAGCCUCUGGGCCAGGACUCAGGGAGACAGGGUGACAAAAAGCUCUCGGUGCAGGAGGAGAGGGGUCAGGGCAAAGUCCCAGGUCCCCGGGCGUGGCUCUCAGGGUCUCAGGCCCGAGGGCGGUGUCUGGGGCGGGCAAGCUCAGUGUUGGGGAGUCUCUGUCUCCCUGAGUUUCACUUCUACUUCUCACCACCUGUAUCAGGUCCUCCUCUUGGAGACUCCAAGACGCGGCCCCAGUUCUCACUCCCAUUGAGUGCGCGGUUUCUAGAGAAGCCAAUCAGCGCCUCCGCCGUUCCCUGUGGUAAAGUCUUCACUGACCCGGCCUAGACUCAGAUUCUCCCCAGACCCCGAGGAUGCGGGUCAGGGCGCCCCGAACCCUCCUCCUACUGCUCUCGGGGGCCCUGGCCCUGACCAAGACCUGGGUGGGCUCCUCCCACUCCCUGAGAUAUUUGCACACCGUCUUUUCCCCGCCCGGCCGCGAGGAGCCCCGCAUCAUGUCGGUGGGCUACGUGGACGACACGCAGUUCAUGCGAUUCGACAGCGACGCCGCGAGUCCGAGCGUGGAGCCGCGGGCGCCGUGGGCGGAGCAGGAGGGGCCGGAGUAUUGGGAGCGGGAGACGAGGAUCUACUUGGACACUGCAGAGAAUUUCCGAGUGGAGCUUAAAACCUUCCGCGACUACUACAACCAGAGCGAGGACGGGUCUCACACCUUCCAGUGGAUGUAUGGCUGCGACGUGGGGCUCGAUGGGCGCCUCCUCCGCGGGUACAGUCAGAUAGCCUACGACAGCGCCGAUUUCCUGUCCCUGAACGAGGACCUGCGCUCCUGGACCGCGGCGCACCCGGGGGCUCUGAUCUUCGCGCACAAGUGGGAGGCGGCAGGUGCGGUGGAGCGCCACGGAAUCUACCUGGAGAGCACGUGCGUCGAAUGGCUGGGCAGAUUCCUGGAGAACGGGAAGGAGACGCUGCAGCGCGCAGACCCUCCGAAGAUGCAUGUGACCCACCACCCCACCUCUGACCAUGAGGUCACCCUGAGGUGCUGGGCCCUGGGCUUCUACCCUGCGGAGAUCACCCUGACCUGGCAGCGUGAUGGGGAGGACCUGACCCAGGACAUGGAGCUUGUGGAGACCAGGCCUGCAGGGGACGGGACCUUCCAGAAGUGGGCGGCUGUGAUGGUGCCUUCUGGAGAGGAGCAGAGAUACACGUGCCAUGUACAGCAUGAGGGGCUGCCUGAGCCCCUCACCCUGAGAUGGGAGCCGCUUCCUCAGUCCACCAUCUCCAUCCCGGGCCUCGUUGUUGGCCUAGUCCUCCUUGGAGCUUUGGUCACUGGAGGUGUGGUGGCUGGAGUUGUGAUGUGGAGGAAGAAGCGCUCAGAUGGAAAUGGAGGGAGCCACAUACUGAGUGAAGGCAGUGACAGUGCUCUAAUGUGUCAUGGCAGCAUGAGAAGGUGCCUUAUGGGGGACUGAGUGAUGCAAGAUUUGUUCAUCCCACUUCCCUUGUGACUUCGGGAACCUCUGAUUUCUCUUUUUGCAAAGGGUGUCUGAAUGCGCCUUUGUUCCUAUUAGCAUAAUGUGAGGAGGUGGGGAGACUGCUCUACUGCAUGACCCCCUCCCCACACUGACCUGUGUUCUCUUCCCUGACUCACUUUCCUGUUCCAGCAGAGGCGGGGCUUGGCCGUCUCCAUCCCUGUCUUUAUUUCAUGUUGCCCUGAGCUGCAGCUUCUUACUUCCUUAUUAAAAAUAAAAUCCUGGAUAUGAA